AUGACUCGGACGUUCGAUAUAGACCAUGUUCUGGCGAACAUUAGCGACCAUGACAAGAUCGCGCUGCUUGCUGGAAUUGAUUUCUGGCACACACAUCCAAUCCCAGAGUACAAUGUCCCAUCGGUACGGGUAACAGACGGCCCGAAUGGGAUUCGAGGCACCAAGUUCUUCGCCGGUGUGCCUGCGGCUUGCCUUCCUUGCGGGACCGCCUUGGGAGCUGUUUGGGACCGAGAGCUACUGCGACGUGCUGGGGAGCUGCUCGGGGAUGAAUGUAUAGCCAAGGGCGCACAUUGCUGGCUGGGCCCGACUGUAAAUAUGCAAAGAUCACCGCUGGGUGGGCGUGGAUUCGAGUCCUUCUCAGAAGACCCGUACCUGGCGGGUGUUGCUGCGGCUUCGAUGAUCGUUGGAUGUGAGAGCAAGGGCAUUAUAGCUACAGUGAAGCACUUCGUGGGCAAUGACCAGGAGCACGAGCGACGGGCUGUCGAUGUGAUUGUGACUCCCCGGGCACUUCGCGAGAUAUACCUGCGUCCAUUCCAGAUUGUCGCGCGCGAUGCUAGUCCAGGUGCGCUUAUGACCUCGUAUAACAAGAUCAAUGGGAAGCAUGUGGUGGAGGACAAGAAGAUGUAUGACCUGAUCCGCAAAGAGUGGGAAUGGGACCCGUUGGUCAUGAGCGAUUGGUACGGGACUUAUACAACGAUUGACUCGACAAAUGCGGGACUGGACCUGGAGAUGCCUGGAGUAUCGAGGUAUAGGGGGAAGUAUAUCGAGUCUGCGAUACAGGCACGCCUUAUCAAGUCUUCCACUUUAGAUGCGCGAGCCCGCAAGGUAUUGGAGUUUGUCCAACGUGCAAGCCGGACCAAGGUCUCGGAGGUUGAGAAAGGUCGCGACUACCCAGAAGACCGCGCACUUAUGCGUACGCUCUGCUCGAAUAGCACGGUUCUGUUGAAGAACGAGGGAAACAUUCUCCCGCUCCCAAAGACAGUGAAGAAAAUUGCGCUCAUCGGGUCUCAUAUCAAGACACCGGCAAUAUCUGGUGGUGGUAGCGCGGCCUUGAAACCAUACCACCCCUCGAGCUUGUAUGAAGCAGUACAAGAGGCACUCCCCGGCGCCGAGAUUAUAUAUGAAACGGGUGCGCAUGCCCACAAAAUGCUCCCGGUGAUUGACCGUCUAUUGAGCAACGCCGUUAUCCACUUUUACAACGAGCCGGUGUCCAACCCAGCCCGCAAAUGCCUCGGAACGGAGCCCGUUCCUACUACUGCUUUUCAGUUCAUGGACUACAAACUUCCAGGGCUGAACAGGGAGCUUUUCUGGUCAACGUUGAUUGGUGACUUCAACUGUGACGCAUCUGGUGUAUGGGACUUUGGGUUGACCGUGUUUGGAACGGCAAAUCUGUAUAUCGAUGACGAGCUGAUCAUCGACAACACCACUAAGCAGACCAAGGGCACUGCCUUCUUCGGCAAGGGCACAAUCGAGGAGACUGGUUCAAAGUCCCUAGUUACUGGUCAAACAUACAAGAUUCGAAUAGAGUAUGGAAGUGCCAAUACGGCCACCCUGAAAACAACUGGGAUGGUGAAUUUCGGCGGCGGUGCUGCGAAUCUGGGGGCCUCCCUGCGCAUGGAUGCUGGAGAGAUGAUAAAUCGAGCUGUGAAGGCAGCAGGAGAGGCUGACUACACAAUUCUUUGCACCGGACUGAACGCGGAUUUCGAGUCUGAGGGGUUUGAUAGAACACAUAUGGACCUUCCUCCUGGCAUUGACGACAUGAUCUCGCGUGUCUUGGACGUGGCUGCGGACAAAACAGUUAUUGUCAACCAAUCUGGGACCCCCGUAACAAUGCCGUGGGUGGACCAGGCAAAUGCCAUUGUACAUGGGUGGUACGGAGGUAACGAAACAGGACACGGGAUUGCCGAUGUUCUAUUUGGCGAAGUGAAUCCUUCAGGUAAACUCUCACUGUCUUGGCCUAGGGAUGUCAGACACAACCCAGCGUACCUGAAUUACGCCAGCGUCGGCGGAAGGGUCCUAUACGGAGAGGAUGUAUAUGUCGGAUACCGAUUCUAUGAGAAGACUGGCCGUGAAGUUUUGUUUCCUUUCGGAUACGGACUGUCCUAUGCAACCUUUGAGGUAUCACCAGAAGCCUCAGUUUCCCCGGAUAAAUUCACACCGGAAACGCCUCCAACCGCAACGGUUCGGAUCAAGAACAUCAGUGAAGUAGCCGGUGCGCAGGUGCUGCAACUAUACGUGGGGGCCCCCAAUAGCCCGACACCGCGCCCACAGAAAGAACUGCAAGGUUUCGAAAAGGUGUUCCUGCAACCAGGCGAGGAGAAGGCAGUGCAUAUCAAGCUGGAUAAAUAUGCAACGAGUUUCUGGGAUGAGAUCGAAGAAAUGUGGAAAAGCGAGGCAGGGGUAUAUGAGGUGCUGAUUGGGACAUCGAGCGAAGACAUUGUUGCGCGUGGACAGUUCGAAGUCGGCCAGACACGAUAUUGGCGAGGCGUUUAG